AUGCGAUCCAAGUUCAAGGACGAGCACCCCUUCGAGAAGCGAAAGGCCGAGGCCGAGCGCAUCCGUCAGAAGUAUUCUGAUCGUAUUCCCUACGGGGCCAUCGUCGUCGCUGCCUUCGUCAGCUUCGCGCGUUAUCGCUGGUGCCCCACGUUCCCCGACCGUCACCGCCGAUCUCCCAUCAUCCCGUCGUGCACCUUCAAGCUAACCACCAUCCUCACCCAGGUUAUCUGCGAGAAGGUCGAGAAGUCAGAUAUCGCCACCAUCGACAAGAAGAAGUACCUCGUGCCCGCGGACCUCACCGUCGGACAGUUCGUCUACGUCAUCCGCAAGCGCAUCAAGCUCUCUCCGGAGAAGGCCAUCUUCAUCUUCGUUGAUGAGGUCCUGCCCCCUACCGCCGCUCUCAUGAGCAGCAUCUACGAGGAGCACAAGGACGAGGAUGGCUUCCUGUACAUCACCUACUCGGGCGAGAACACCUUCGGCGGUUUCGAGACGGCGUGA